AGAUACGGAACGGUGUAUAUACGCUACAGACAUGCUGUGUAAUUACAAAGUGGUCAGUCCAGAAAAAGUGAUAUGCACAACUACAGUAGAUCCCCGCCUUCAACCAGCCGCCGCACCUCCUCGACGCACGUGCACAGCUUCCCGUACACCUCGCGCGAGUUCUCGAGCAGAGGCUUGAUGUUCUCCGGCGUCAGAGACAGCUUGCCGCCCGGCGGCGGCGCAUUAUCCGGUGGUAUCGACCGCACAGUCGCGGCGCUGUGCUUCGGCUGCCGGCCCGGAUCCUCGGUCACGUCCGGCAGUCUCGCGCCGCCGCGCGUGCCAGCCACGAAGGAUAUGUGCGAGCUGCCAGGGGGCAUGCCGUACGGCGAUCGGGCGCGCACGGUCGUCAACUCCGGAGGCUCGGCAUCCGACGAGAUCCGGUCCCAGUCUUCUUCCUCGUCCUCCGGUGCGGGAGCAGCCACCGGCGGCGUCUUGUUCCUCCCGAGCCGGAAAAUCGAGGCCAAAGAGGGUCUCCGGGGUUCCGCUGCGGCGCUGCCCGGCGGUUUGCCGUGUCCGAGGGCAUCGAACGGCGAGGCUCUGCCAGACGAAAGCGACAGCGUCGACGCUGACUCGGGACCGACGCUCGUUUUCGCGCGUCGUCGACCGGGAAUUGAAGCCGUCGACUCACUCGUUGAAGACGACGACCCGUUCCCCUUGGCGAGACUCUUGAGCAGAUCGCGGAAGCCGCUCAUCCGCAUCUUGCUGCUCAUCCGCCUCCUCUUCUUCUGCUUCGUCCCUCCAUUCUGGAACACCUCCACACUCUCCUCCGACGGCAGCGUCAGCGUGCUGCCCAUCGCGUCUGCGCCCCACCGCCAGUCCCGAUUUACCACCGUCCCCCCUGUUUCGGUCAUUCCGUCGUCCGUCGCGAACGAGUCAUCCGCCGCCGACGAGCUCAGCAUCUCCUUGAGCAGCACAAGCUGCCGCGAGCUUAGAUCGGAGCUCGAGUUGCGUCCGGUCGUCGACGCCCGCCAGGCCAGACUCGGGGCACUGGUCAUCGGCAGACUCGCCGAGCUUGGGAUCGGGGCCUUGGCGUCUUCCGAAAGCGUGAUCGCUCGCGCACGUAACUUAGUCGGUGCAGGUGACGAUGACGAGGACGCGGACGACACCGCCACUGUUGGCGCAGAAACACUGCUUGUCGGCCCGACACCGCUCAAAUCAAUCAACAGUUCGGCGCAUUCCCACGAUACGCGGUACCGCUCCUUGAUCGUGUCAAACGCGUCGGCAAGGGCUUUCCAGCGGCCCUCGGGAGUCGGGAGCGAAACCGACGUAUUGGAGCGAUGCCGUUUGAAGAAUGAGGUUCCUGACGAUUGAGGUGGGGGAGCAGCAGCAGUUUGGCGCAAAAGGUGCGCGUCGAGCAAAGAUUGGAGUUGCGUGACGAGAGUCAGAUACGUUCCCUCCAACGCUUUGAGGUCUGAUACAUGAUGAGCGACAUGCACGGGAGCCAAAAACCCGCACCCACCUUCGACAUUCUUCGCAAAUUCUC